UUUCUAAGUGCGUUGAGAGACCCCUCCAUCUUUUCCCAAACGCGUCUUCGCUAUCACCGCGUUGGCAGCUCCUUCCUCCAAAUCCAGAACUUUCACCUCCAGCUUCAUCCAAGCCCGCGUCUCCCCUCUGGUCUUCUCUGUCAGCUGCCCUUUUUUCUUCUGGUCUUCUCUUCUGCUUUAAGGGGGAAAAAAACGGAGAAAGAAAAGUUAGUAAGAGAAAGCCAAGAAGAGAGGGAAAAAUAGAAAAGAAAAAAAGAGAGCUCCCGACGCUCAACUGCGCGAGGCCCGCCCGGUCCAAAUAAAGUCCGUUGUAUCUUGAUCUGUUUCAUCAACUCCAUCUUGAUUUGUUUCGUAGUUGUAAAACGAUUUUGUGAUAAUUUUUUUUUGUUAGCUAUCUUGCGCCUCCUCCCCCUCGAUCUAGGGUUUCGAUUGCCCCCCAUUUCUUUCUCUCUUCUCUCUCUCGAUUUCUCCGCUGGUUGUCUUCUAACAUGGCUUGGAAGGCGGCGGCUGCGUCGGCGUUGUUGGUUCUUUUUCUGACCGUCGUCGGGCCGGCAGCCGCCACAGUCUGCCCUAGGGUUUCCGCCGGCGAGUCGAUCUUGGGGCGUCCGGACGCGUGCUCACCUCUGGAUGCUCCGGUGCUCGGUGGCGAACUGAUCGGCGUCGUCGAGGGAGGUGAGGCUGUAUUGCUGAGGGCACUGAAUCUAGUGUACAGGAACAAGGAGGACUAUGUGGCCGUGCUCUUUUAUGCUUCAUGGUGCCCUUUCUCUAAAAUUUUGCGACCAAAUUUCCAGGUUUUAUCUUCCUUGUUUCCGACGAUUCGUCAUUUUGCAUUUGAAGAAUCUGUCAUCAGGCCAAGCAUACUCUCUAGGUAUGGUGUUCAUGGUUUCCCUACUCUUUUUCUCUUAAAUUCUACAAUGCGAGUGCGAUAUCACGGAUCACGAACAAUCAAUUCCCUUGUUGCUUUCCACAAUGGUGUUACAGGUGCUAAUCCUGCAUCACUUUAUCCAAUACACUUGGAGAAAACUGUGGACCCAUCAAAUGAUACUGAACUCAAGGAAGGCAAUGAACAAGAAAAUUGCCCGUUCUCAUGGGCAAGGUCACCAGAGAAACUGCUUCAACAGGAUACAUAUCUGGCACUGGCCAGCACCUUUGUGAUAUUGAGAUUGCUGUAUGUCCUCCUUCCAAAACUAAAUGCUUGUGUCAAGCGGGCUUGGGGGAGGCAUAUGUGGUACGCGAGCUUGACUGGCCUGCAAGAUCGCUUGCUGGCUUAUCUUGAGCAAGCUAAACAAGGUUUCAACAGAUUGAAUCCAUGCAAAAGAGGCAAUUUGCAGGUAGGAGCAAUGAAUGCAAGAGCAUGGGCUUCCAAGUCCCUGGCAUCAGUCUCCAUUGGCGAGCCGAGCUCUGGAAGAUCACACUCUGUAGGCAAUAGGAGAUAAGGAUGAUACUAGGUAACCUUUUCAACAUCCUCUGUAUAGUAGAUGGGAUAUACUAAACAGAGAUCAAGCUUGUUUUCAUUUUAAAUUGUGAUGGGUUGUGGCAAUUCUCACGACAGCCUAUCCGUAGGUAGGAGCUCAUUUAAAAUUUCAACCGUUACCUUUUUUGUAAGAUAAUUUUAUUUACUUAAUGAGAUUGAAGAGAUAUCCCUUCUGUA